AUGCGAGCCGGUCGUGGCGAGCAUAAUUUGCUCCUGAUUCCUGGACCGCUUGGAAGUGCGAUUACCGAUUAUUCCUUGUUUUUGGAAAAUCUGAAUCAAUCCCAUUUCACGGCUAUCGCAUGGGACCCACCGGGGCAAGGAUCCAGUGGAGGAACGGAAGCACGAAGCUGGAAGAUACCAGGACGCUUGGAAAAAGAUGCCACGAUUGGUCUUCGUUUAAUGCGUCAACUGAACCUGAUUCCAUUCUCCAUUCUGGGCUGGGCUGAAGGUGGCCUUACCGCACUGCUGAUUUUCUCUACUUGCAUACCCGACGAGGUCCGCAAACUUCUGAUAUGGGCCAACGAAGGAGCGAUCCCGUGUCCAGUUCCUCUGUCCGUUCGUGUUACUGGUUACGAUGCUCUGGAACCGUACCGUAGGAUAUCCGAUUGGCCAAUCGCAGCCCGUGCACCUCUGGAGGCAGUUUACGGCUCAAAUCAAUUGAAAAGCCAAUGGUCAGACUAUCUUGAGGCGAAAAGAAGUGGCCUCAUUUACAAGAAUAUCAACGGGACAAAUAUUGGACUGAGACUGGACGUUCAACUGGAUCGGCAAUCGGACAAUAUCAGACUGUUAUUUAUGCGAACUCCUGGUCGGGAGAACACGGAAGAUUGGCUCACUUACACUUUGGUCAAACUGGGACAGACAAAAGUUCUUAACUGGAUGGAUCGAGAAGAAAACAAACUGGAAGAGAAAGACAAUUGUUGGGGACCACACAGAUCAAACUCGAGAGAAUUUCAAACGUUUGUCGAGGGUUUUCUGAGUUUUGGCGAAGAAACUGUGUCGGAUAUGCGAGUGAAACGCUGA